AUGACGAACCCCGCCGUUGUCAUCUGUCAUGGUUCCUAUCACAGCCCCGCCCCAUAUGAGCCCUUUAUACGACACCUACAGAGUCAGGGAUUUGAGUCUUACUGUCCUCAUCGUCCAACCUGCAAUCUCAGCGAACUCAACGUGGGUGAUGUGGAACAUCCGGACUUGGAUCAAGAACCUCCCCUAGGUGGUUACCCAAGCGAUACCGCGGAUGUUGAUGAAGUUAUCCAACUCCUCGACAGGCUAGUCAAUCAAAACGGCAAGCGUGUUCUGCUUGUGGCACAUUCAUCCGGAAUAUUCUACAUGGGAGCCUUCGUCAUCCCGGUGGGCGAGUCAGUUUCUAGCUUCUUUCAACCCAAAGACGCCACCAUCGUUGCCCCGCCGUACAUGCGAUUUCAUAUAGGAGCUAACUUCAUAUAG